AAUUCAAAUUUUGUGAAACUAAACAUUCAGCUUAAUAAUCAGACUAAAAACAUACAAAAUAUAAAGUUACAAAUCAUAAAAAGUGCGUAGGCGAAAACAGUUUAUAAAAGAUUUUGAUAAGUGAGAUAAAAAAAUUCAUCAUUUCAUCAACAAUUCAACUUUUAUUUUUUCAAUAUAAAUCUAAGCCGAUAAAAGCUAUUCUCUCUCCCUCAUCCACCACACACACACACUACUCUCGAGUAGAUAAUUUAUUAACUAAUUUCCUAUCAAGUGGAAUUGAAUGUUGUGUGGAAUUGAAUUAAAAAAAAGAGAAAAGAAUGAAAAUGAAAAUAAAUAUUAAAUAAAUUAAUGAAGCAAUUGAAAUUGAAGUUUUUUGAAAUAUAUUUUUUACAUCUAAUCUAAAUUGCAAAUGGACAAUUUAUUUCAUUGCGGCGAGUCUUGUAUGAAGUAAAAAAGAGCACAACAACAAAAAAUAUAUUUUAUAUCCUACAUACACUCAUAUCAGCUACAACUGCAUAUAAUUAUUUAGUCACCUGUAACCCUUAACGAUCAUAUCAUGUUUCAUACCACGCCAUCGUAUCCUGAGAUGACAUCAGUAGCUGGAAAUACUGCAUCAUAUCAUCAAACAACAAACACAACAUCAAAUGCACCUGUUUACGUGCCAUCAAAUCGUGCUAUUCAUCCUCAAUAUGCUGGACAUGCUGGAAAUUAUCCAAAUACACAAAACGGAUGGCCUGCUGAAAGUGCAUUUGGUACAACACAUUCCCCAUUUUAUGCACAAAACAUGAUGUACAUGCGAGCUUAUGAUCCAUCCGGUUUUCAGAGGACAUCGCCAUAUGGCAUGGAAAGUGCAAUGGACUUUCAAUUUGGUGAAGGUCGUGAAUGCGUUAAUUGUGGCGCAAUAAGUACACCUUUGUGGAGACGUGAUGGAACUGGUCACUAUUUGUGCAAUGCGUGUGGACUUUAUCAUAAAAUGAAUGGCAUGAAUCGUCCAUUGAUAAAACCAAGUAAAAGACUGCAAACUGCAACAAGACGAUUAGGAUUAUGUUGCACAAAUUGUGGCACAAGAACGACAACAUUGUGGAGAAGAAAUAAUGAAGGAGAGCCAGUAUGCAAUGCAUGUGGGUUGUACUUCAAGUUACAUGGUAUCAAUCGCCCACUUGCAAUGCGAAAAGAUGGCAUUCAGACAAGAAAACGGAAGCCAAAAAAGGCUGGAAGCGGUCCAGAUGUUUUAGGUCUCGUUAAGAAAGAAGACUUUCAUCAUCAUCAUCAUCCAGAUGACCUUAAAUCAACAAACCUUACAGACCGAAAUGGUAAUGGUAAACUUUUAAUGCCCGGUAGCCCCAAAAUGCUUCAAAGCACGCCAAAAAGUCACAUUUCACCCAUUCAUAAUCAUCAUCAUCAUUCAUCGCAAGCAUCAUAUUCAUCACUGGCAUCACCACUGUCUAAUAUGCAUGCUGCUGCUGUUGCUGCCUCAUCAUCAAACGUCAACACUCCAUCAAAAUAUGACUUACAGACAUCAUCGAAUGGAUCACUUGGACCCGUUGUCUCAUCAUCAUCUGCAUCAUCACAUAAUAAUUCAUCAGCAGUCUCAUCACAUUUAUAUACAUCUCCAUUGAUAUCAUCAGCAUCACAGAAUAACUUGCACAGUUCAUAUUUGCAUAAUAAUAGCUUAACAAGUCCAUCGUAUGGCUCAAUAAAGUCUGAAUCAAAUAUACCCGGCAUUACGAAUUCAAGUAUGAUAAGUGGCAAUUAUGAGUAUAUGAGCAAUUGUAUACAGAAUGGAUAUUUUGGCGGAACAUUUGGAUUGAGUAAUGGCAGUGCGCAUCAUUCUGACUUGAGUGGAUAUCAUCAUCAGCAUAAUGUUAUUCAGGCGGCAAAAUUAAUGGCGACGUCUUAAGAAAUGAAACUUGAAGAAUCUUAAUAAUUAGGAUUGUUUAUGGAUAAAGAAGUGAUUUUGGGGUGGGGUUCUGGUGAAUGUUAGUGGAAUUCAUGAAAUUUAUCAAGUUAGUACUUAAAGAUUUCAGAAAAGUCAGCAAUCAAGGGGUCUUUAGCUGAUUGGUACCCAAAUGAGGAACGUCAUUUAUGAACGACCCUAGAAAUCUGAGUAAGACAGUUCUAUUCUUGUCAAACUAGUAAGUAUCGAGUAAAGCCCUCCAAUAGUUCCUAAAAGAUCUUUAUUGUAAAAUAUUAAGCACAUUCCAGAACCCCAACCUCGAAAAAAAAAAUUAAAAAAGUUGAAAAUGAAUUCGCAAAAAAACAAAUCCGAACCCAGAAUUGCUAUAAAAAUAUUUUUCAUAUCACAUAAUUAAGGCAUAAAUGUAUUUUCAUUAGUUAAAAUAAUUAGUGCAAAAUUAAUCGAAAAGUAUUUAAAGACGUACUUUAUGUAAAGUUAAAAAAGAUGUUAAUGGCUUAUAAUUUAAGAUUUUUCCUCCAAUUUUCUUAUCUCUGUAAUGUGUAAGAUUUAAGCGUUAAAAUAUAAUGUGUAAAGUUCCUCUUUGUAAUUAAUACGUGCAUAUACAUAAAUUUACGGAUACCUUUUGAUAUGGCAUGAUUUGUUGAAUUUAUAAUGAGAUAAAUUUGAUGGAUGGAAUAUUAAUGAAUUUUUUUUGAGGAUGAAUUAAAUGAUUUGGU